GGGGGGUGGGGGUGUUUUUAUCUCCCUGUCUGUGUGUGUUUGAGAAAGUGAUUCAGUCUCUCUUUCUGUGCGAUGGCACUACUGCCUAAGGAGGCAGAACGAUUCGAUGGGCUAUCUCUGCUAUACUGGACCGUCAUGGGGCCUCACGGCAUCAACCGGGCCAUCGAGAGACUGGAGUUCUGCGACUGCAAGAAAGGACUGGGGGUGAAGAUCAUCGGUGGCUACAGAGAGCAGACACGUGAGGAGUUUGGGAUCUUCAUCAAGCGGGUGUUACCGGGAGGGCUGGCUGCUCAGGAUGGAAGGCUUAGAACGGGCGACCUCAUUUUGGAAGUCAAUAAUAUGAGUUUAGGAGGAGUAACCAACGAGAGGGCGGUGGAUAUCCUCCGGUCAGCGUCCGCCUCCAAUCACAUGUCUCUGAUGGUUGCCAGGGACGAUGAAAGCAGGCGGGAGUUCAUUGAGUUGAUGAAUAAGUAUGGCUCCCACAGCAGUUUUAAAGGAAGCUCAGGGAGGGUCUCCCCUACACAGCUCUCUACAGGAGGCAAGACAGACACGGCCUCCUCAUCUUCCUCCUCCAGAUCUACCAGUCCCACCAGCCAGCUCUUCAGUCCUAAAGAGGGGGUCACAGGACCUCCCUAUACCACUGGGCCCCCCUAUACGUCAAACCCCAACACAGCCCCUACACAGCCCAUCUUCAAUGAAAGCAUCAUUCAGUUGAUAUGCAUCUCAAAAGGAACAGGCCUGGGCCUCAUCAUCAAGGGCGGAGCUAACCGAGCCGAGGGACCAAUGGUGUUGAUUCAGGAAAUAGUGCCCGGAGGAGACUGCCAGAGGGACGGUAGACUACAGCCAGGAGACCAGCUGGUAUCGAUUAAUAAGGAGUCGUUAAUCGGAGUGACUUAUGAGGAGGCUAGAAGUAUCCUGACACGCACCAAACUCAGACCAGACCCUACGGUGGAGAUAGCAUUUAUGAGACACAGGACUUCCACCAGUUCUGCUUCCUCCAGCAGUGGCCCCCAGGGUCCUUUCACCCCACAGGGCGCAGCUAGUGGAGCCUCCUCAGUGCCCCCCACCAGGAGAGGGACCCUGGCUGUACUGGGGGCCCUGCCUCCCCCUCGGUCACUGCUCCAGCACAGAAGAACCACGCUCCCUGCAGCCCUCCCUGGAGCUCCCCUGGUGGUGCCCAAGAUCACCUCCACCCUCAACCCCGCCAGUGAGACCCUGCCUUCUGUCAACCUCAGCCAGGUGCGAAUGAGGACAGAACAGACGUGUGUCUCCUCCCCUCCUCAGAGUCCCAGCACCACAGACGCCAAGCCUGAAUCCUCCACUGUAUGGCAGCCAGUCAGCAGUCUCGUACCACAAAGGAAGUGCUCCCUCAGCUCCAUCUGUCGCCUCAAACUGGAGAGGCUGGAGCAGGCUCUGGAUGCAUUGGGACUGAAUCCUACAGAGGCACAGAGACAGACGUUGAGGGCCAGACUACAAACAGACCCUGCUGGGACAGUGGCCUACGCAGACUUUGAGACGCUGACGCGGGAGCUGUUCAAGCUACAGUUUGAGGAGUCAGAGGUGGGAGGUCAGAGGUUAAAGUUUGUGUCAGAAGACCUCUCCAGCCUCCUAGAGUCACCCACCAAAUCACGGUCUUCACUGUCUGACUCUGAUGACCUAGAGGAGAUGGAGAGACUGAGGAAAGACCACAUCGAGGCUCUGAGAGAAAUCAAGAAACUACAGGAGCAGUUGGCAGAGUCAGAGAGACUUCAACUGCAGAUGCAGGGAGAGCUGAACAAUGUCAAACAGGAGGUCAAGUCUGGAGUUGAGGAGAGCCGUGCACUGCGGAGCAGGAUCCACCUGUCUGAGGCAGCCCAGAAGCAGGCCAGAGGGAUGGAGAUGGAUUAUGAGGAGGUGAUCCAUCUCCUGGAGGCUGAGAUAGCUGAGCUCCAGACCCAGAGGACAGAGCAGCCCGGCCAGUCCAGCCAGGUGCAGAAUGAGGCAGAGGAAUUGAAGAAGAGAGUGGCCGUUCUGGAGUGUCAACUAAGGAAGAACGAGGAGGCCAAAAAGGGUUUUGAGGUGUCCAUGGGUAAACUGCUCAACUUCGUGGAGAAUGUCCAAGACUUCCUCAUUGAAAAUCAAGGACCUGUGAAGAGCUACAGCUCCGGUGACGUGAAGGCUGGAGCCUCCUCUCAGCCCCUGGGAGCCCGGGUGGGGAAGAAGUCCCAGUGGACGGCCGCCACACUAACUGCGGAGGCUAAAGAACUCACACGGACUGUUAGCGCCAUUCUGGAGGUGGAGUAUCUUCCAUAUGGAUGGGAAGAGGCCUACACUGCAGAAGGAGUCAAAUACUUCAUCAAUCAUGUGACGCAGACGACAUCAUGGACCCAUCCGGUGACCUGCAGCCUGGCUCUGGGGUUGGGGCUGUCUGAGAGAGAGGGGGAGGUAUCAGCCGACGGACAGGAAGACAGCACAGCCACCUCCAGCCCCGACCACACCAAGACUUAAACCUGGGACAGUUCCAUAGGAUAUAACAUUGCAGAAUCUUUAGAUAAACGUGUAUUGAAUAGACUAGAUAUUGUAUGUCUUGGAGUUGGAUAAUAGAGAGGCCUCGCAGGCAGCUCUGUAUAUAACAUUUCUAUCUGAACGUUCUGUCGUGUUGCUAUUCCCCAAGCGAAGAAAAAACACCAGGCAUUGGUGAAACAACACCAGUCUUCCUGUACAAAUAGAGAUUCAGUAGAACCCUAGAGGUGGAUACAGAGACAACUACCUGAAACCCUUUAGGAGCCCCAACAAAAUAUUGUCUUUAAAAUCAUAUAACUAGCUACACAUAAUGUUUCAUUAAAUGGCAGUGUACGUUAGCUGUUCUGGUGAAUAUGCAGUUUAAACUUUAUAUAUAUAUUUUUUUACAUUGAAACCUAUCUGGAAUUGGGCUGAGCAGUGUAUAGACAGUUAAUUAAUUGUGUUAAAAUGAAUUGCACAAGCCUAGCUUCCCCGUUCGAUGGAGUUGAUUCAUGACUCUUAUUAUAUCGCUGUGGGUUUCUAAAGAGUUACUGGAGUUGCCUCUCCUCCUUCUCUAUUAUAUGUGUAUGCUGCUAUUUAUUCCUAUUACCUCUAUGAGGAACAGUGACCAAGCCCUCUCUCUCUUCAUCUCUCUAUCAACUUCCACAUAAGUCUUUAUAAACAAUUUCACAACCCUCCAGAUUUUUCAACCUUAGAAGCCAGCUUCACAAUGUCUAAUUUUCUUUUCCGAAGCAAAUCAGGUUGGAGAAAACGCCAGUUUUUCUGUUUGCUCCCUGAGCUGCACCUUGGAAUGCCAUUCCGAGAGGUCCACAUUCCGAAAUCGGAAUUGUCUUCUGAAUCAAAAUAUACCAGAAUCUACUGCUGAAAGCUUGGCCUAACAUGCUAUAUUUUUACUUUUCACUUCCUUCACCAGAACUGAUAUGGCGGAGAGGCAAAGGAUUGAGAAGAAGAGUUGGCUUGCAUCUUGUCCAUUGGUCAGAUAAGAGUUGGCUUGCAUCUUGUCCAUUGGUCAGAUAAGAGUUGGCUUGCAUCUUGUCCAUUGGUCAGAUAAGAGUUGGCUUGCAUCUUGUCCAUUGGUCAGAUAAGAGUUGGCUUGCAUCUUGUCCAUUGGUCAGAUAAGAGUUGGCUUGCAUCUUGUCCAUUGGUCAGAUAAGGGUUGGCUUGCAUCUUGUCCAUUGGUCAGAUAAGGGUUGGCUUGCAUCUUGUCCAUUGGUCAGAUAAGGGUUGGCUUGCAUCUUGUCCAUUGGUCAGAUAAGGGUUGGCUUGCAUCUUCUCCAUUGGUCAGAUAAGGGUUGGCUUGCAUCUUGUCCAUUGGUCAGAUAAGAGUUGGACAGAUUGUUACCAGGUGUCUUUAGGUUGUAAUGAUGUAACACAUUAUGUUUUUAAAAGAGUUAUGGAAUGAAAGCAUGCAAUAGCAAGGGUAGUUAUCAAACAUCAUCCUAUUUGCUGUUAGUUAACCUCCUCUUUAGCCUGUAGUAUUUUAUUUGAUUUACUCACUAGUUGAGACCAGUGUGGCUAUUUUUAUCCAAAAUACAUUGAUAACAUGUCUGUUCAGUGUCCUGUAGCGCUGCUACCUCCAUUAAGAGAUCAAUCAAAUAGUAUUUCAAAUGUAUAAAAGGCUGCGUUUACACAGGCAGCCCAAUUCUGAUCUUUUGCCACUUUGCGUCUUUUGACUAAUCAGAUCAGAUCUUUUGCCGAUAAUUGGGCAAAAGAUCAUCAUUGUGCUGCCUGUAUAAAUGCAGUCUAAUACAACAUGUCAAGUGUGUUGUGUUCAUGUCUAACCAACCAUUACCGGUGUUUUGCAUAAUAUUACAUGUUACACUAAGUAUGUAUGAAGUCCUCACAAGGAUACUAAAACAAGGGAAAUUGGGCAGUUUUGGGUUAGGUUAAGAGUUAGGACUAGGGGUUAGCGUAAAUAGGAUUUUGAAUAGGAAUCAAUUGUUUGGUCCCCAGAGAGAUAGUAAAACAAACAUGUGUGUUUUGUGUGUGUGUGUCCAAGCCAAUAUCGACCGUGCCCAAGGCUGGGAGUAUUGAUUUUCCCUCUCUAGCAUGUGUGGUUAAAUAUAUCCCCUUCCUCUGGAAACACAAAUCACAUGACACACACACACACACACACUCUCUCUCUUUCUCGUUCUCUCACUCGUUCAAAGUUCUGUGUUCCAUAGAGCCGUGACGACGAGCAGUAUCAGCAAUGUUGGUACCGUCUCUCCACAGCUCCAUAGUUCCAUAGUGACAGUGUUCCAUACACUCUUAGAAAAAAGGGUUCCAAAAGGGUUCUUUGGCUGUCCUCGUAGAGAACCCUUUUUGGUUCCAGGUAGAAGCCUCUGUGGAAAGGGUUCUUUGGCUGUCCUCGUAGAGAACCCUUU